AACACCGGGCCGUCGAGUCUGACAGCUGGCAAUGCCAGGCAGCCACUCGGAGCCGAGGCGUCGCAAGCCCAGCGUCUCAGGAUGGACGGCAGGAAGGACACGCGAGGACCUCCAGGAGAAGCGAUGUCGGCGGAGGCAGAGUUGGGAGCAGACGUGGAGGUCAGCCAGAAGGCAGGCAGCCAUUACGGCAGAGACAAGCUGGACUGCAUCAUCUGCUUCUGCAGCUUCAAUCUGGCCGAACGCCUGCCACGCAAGCUUUACUGCGGCCACACCUUCUGCCAGGCCUGCUUGCUCCGGCUGGACGUGGUCCUGAACGAGCAGCGCUGGAUCCCCUGUCCUCAGUGCCGCCAAAACACCCCUGCGCCCCGUGGCGGGGUGGUCAUGCUCGAUCUGGACUUGGCCUCCUUCCUGGCGGCCAAAUGUGAAGCAGAAAGCCAAAGAGCGGCACCUCACCACAAGGGCAAUGAACUGGACGGCAAGCUGCCCGGUAGUAAGCAGGAGCCAGUGACCCAGCAGCCUGCCAUCUGGAGCCUCGAGACCCCCGUAGAACCCAGCUUUUCCAGGAGCCCGUGCUGCAGGAAGAUUUGCUUGUGGUGCUUUUGAACGAAGGCUCAGUGGGGAAAAUGGCCUCACCUACGACUCUACAACACAGCACUCACCGGCAGAGGAGAGGACAAGCUGGAGCCCUCGAGAAGUCUGCACACCGGAUGAGCUGAGGAGCAAUGAGGAUAAACUGGGGGGAUGAAGGGCAUGGGUGAGGUCCACCCUGGUCCCGUGUCAUGUGAAGCCUAAAAUUCACAGCCUCGGGCUACUCAACUGUUCCAAGAUGCCCAGCCGUUGUCCUUUGGCAAACCUCCAUUGGUCAGUUUGACUCACUGGGGCACAGCCAGGGUGUUUGACACCUCAGACUUAAACAGUAGGCUCAGAUGGCUUCACCCAGCGCUAACAAAAGGUGGCCAGAAAUUCAUCAGGCCUUUAGAUAUCAUAAAUAAAACAUGAAAGCAGGAGGUGGCACAGCCUGGGGUGAUGUGCCCUUCACAUGUGAAAUUCACAAGGCGCUGUCUCUGUCCACUUUGGAGGAACAAAGAUGGCAAAACCCACCUAAAAUGUCGGGAACGUCCAUUCAGAAAGAGUCAGUCCACCCGGAAAGCCUGUCAAAUGAAGUGGGCACUGAGGGUCUUAUUGAUUCAUGUUAUAAUCAUUUCUCUUAUUUUGU